AUGACGUCCGAGAAGAUCAAUGUUCCUCCGAUGAAGGACCUGAACAUCGACAAUAUCACAGAGAACACUAUCAGAAUCAAUUCGCAGUCUUCCGACCAACGCCUCACGUAUGUAAUGGAAAGACUGGUUACCCAUCUCCAUGAUUUCGCUCGCGAGACGAGAUUGAGUACGAAUGAGUGGAUGGCUGCCUUGAACUUCCUGGUCAAAGUUGGGCAGAUUAGCUCGGAUGUGCGGCAUGAGUUCAUCCUCCUCUCCGAUAUUCUUGGCCUCUCCCUCCUCGUCGAUGCAAUCGACCAUCCCAAACCUCCCGCGAGCACCGAAGGUUCGGUUCUCGGGCCCUUCCACACCCACGAAGCAGAGGUCAUGGUCAAUGGCUCCUCGAUGUCCCAGGAUCAGGCCGGCGAGCCUUUACUGGUGAUCUGCACUGUCAAGGAUAUCUCGGGUAAUCCUAUAGAAGGUGUGAAAGUCGAUAUCUGGGAGACGGACAGUACCGGCCAUUACGACGUGCAACAUGCGGAUCACGACGGGCCUGAUGGGAGAUGUGUAAUGAUGAGCGACAAGGACGGGGCGUUUCAUUUCAAGGCUAUCGUGCCGGUGCCUUAUCCCAUACCACACGAUGGGCCGGUGGGGCAGCUUUUGAAGCUUUUGAAGAGACAUCCGUGGAGGCCAGCGCACAUGCAUUUUAUGUUUGAGAAGGAGGGGUGGGAUCACCUGAUCACUGCUCUGUAUAUGCGAGGGGAUCCCUACGAAACCUCGGACGCGGUGUUCGGUGUCAAGAAUUCCUUGGUCGUCGAUUUUACCGCCGCUGAUGCGGAAACGGCAAGGAAGUAUGGUGUGCCAGAAGGCAGCAAGACUUUGAAGCACGAUUUCGUGCUAGUGGAUGCAAAAGAGACGGAGGAAUUGAGGGAUGAGAAUGCUUUGAAAGCGUUGAAGGCUCUUGGGCGGAAAGUCAAGCUGUUGAAUCACUUGCCGGUUCCCGAUCUGGAUUGA